CUGGCCGCCGUGCCCUUCUCCGUCGCUGUCGGCGCCUUCUCUGCUGCCGCCGCCCCUAUCGCCGCCGAUCCUCCCACGGCGGCCGCACCGCCUCCGCUUCCCGCGGCUCCCGUCGCCGCCAUCUCGCCGCCGAACGCGCCGCCCUGGUCGGCUCUACCCGCCGCGGCGACCGCCGUCGAGCCCGCGCCUCCGCCUCCUCCUGAGCGCCCCAGGGCCUCAGCCAGCAUCACCUUUAGCUCGCCAAUCGCGAGCCACAUCUUCUGCGACUCCGCCUCUCGGGCUCGCUCACCCUUCAACCGGGACCGGCGCUCCUGCUCCACGGCCUCUGCCAUCUUGUCCAACCCGAUCCUGUGUUGCUCAUGCCAAUUUUGUAGGCAAGACUCAAACGUCCUCUUGACUCCAUUGCUCAGCAUUCUGCCCACUCUUCGACUGGUGGUCCGUGACAACAGAGGCAAUUUGCGUGAUCCCAUUGGGUUCACAGGGGGUCAAGAUUGGAAAUUGGUGAACUUGGAAGCAAUCUCAUGAAUAGCUUAG